AUGUAAUAAAUUUAGGAAGAGUUCGCCAACUUAAAGUUAGAUUCAAAUAUAACUGGCUUUAUUCAUUGUGAUGAUUUUGAUAAACACUUUUCAAAUAAAUAACAUUAUGAAAAUCCAAAGCGAACUUAAUCCAUAGAUAAAACCAUUUAAAAUUAUUUAGCAUAACAUGAUGUAAAGAAGUAAGUAGAAUAAAUGUCAUAGUUUAAUUAAUGGUAUUUAAAUUUGUUUAUGAUUUAAGUGAGAUCGAAUAUUUAAGAUUAGUUUAUGAUUAAGAUUAUAUAGAUUUUGUAGAAGGAUUAUUUGAAGAUAUAGGUGAUCAAAAGAAUACAAAAGAGGUUGUACAUUUAAGUGAUACUUAUCUAUGCAAAACAUCAGCUUUUACUGCUAGAAAAUGUGUAUAAGCUGUAUUAGAAGGAGUUGAUAAAAUAUUAACAAAGGAAUGGAGGAAUGCAUUUUGCAGUGUUAGACCUCCUGGUCAUCAUAGUGGACAUAAAUCUAAACCAACAGGUUUUUGUAUUUAUAAUAAUGUUGCUAUUGCUGCAAAAUAUGCAAGAUAAAAACAUUAAGUCAAUAAAAUUGUAAUAUUUGAUUGGGAUGUUCAUCAUUGUGAUGGAACAGAAUCUGUAUUUUAUGAAGAUCCAAAUACUUUAGUCAUUUCUAUUCAUAGAUAUGAUCAAGGUAACUUUUACCCUAGAAGUGGAGAUCCUGAAAAAAUAGGAGGAAAAAAUGCAGAAUUUAAAAAUGUUAACGUUGGAUGGAAUGUAACUGAUGAUGGACCUGCUCCAGGUUAUGAUGACUAUGUCUAUGCAUUUGAUAGAUUAUUAGGUCCAAUAAUCAAAGAAUUUUCACCAGAUUUCAUUAUUAUAAGUGCUGGUUAUGAUUCAGCUAAAGGAGAUCCUCUUGGUUGUAUUGAUAAUACUCCAUAAGGAUAUUAAUAUAUUACUGAAAAGUUAUCCUAAAUUUGUCCUAGAGUCUUGGCUGUUUUGGAAGGAGGUUAUAAUUUAGAUGUCACUGCAAAUUGUGCAUUAGCAACUCUUAAAUAAUUAAUGGGAAUACCUUAAGAGUUUCCAGCCAAUAUUGAACCUUGUAAAUGUGGAAUUAGUGCAGUAACAACUACUGUGGAUAAACAUAAGGAAUUUUGGACUUGUCUUACUUCAAAUGAUUUGAUUGAAUAUUAAAAAAGAUUUAUCGGAUAAGCAGCUGAUGUUAUUACAGGAGGACAUUUAUAAUCAUUUUAAAUUAAAGAUGAUCUAAUUAUUAAGACUACAAAAAAAGGGGAAUUCUAAUUCUAUUCAACACUAAAUGAUAAAACUAAUCCAUUCUAUGAAGAAAAUCAAAGACUUAUCAAAUUUAUGCCUAAAUUGAUUUCUCUUGAUGAAAAGGCUUGUUCUAUUACUAUGGUAUUAAUAUAUCAUUAUUAUAUUAUAGGAAAAUUUAUCAUAUGGAUUAGAAAAUGGAUCUAUUAUAGAUUUAAAAAUAGGUUAUAAAACAUAUAAUCCAAAUGGUCCAGCAAUAAAAAGAGAAAAAGAACUUAAAAAAGCUGCUCAAUGUGAUUAGAAAUAUAUGGGUUUUAGAGUUGCUGGAAUUAAAAUUAGAGAUUAGAUUGGAGCAUUAACUGUUAAUAAGAAUGGAUCAGAUGCUUAUAAAUGGAUAAGAAAUGAUAAAUAAAUGAGAGAAAUUAUUGAAUAGGUUUUCUAAUCAAAUCUAGUUGAAGAACCUAAUAAAGAGGCACUCCAAGGAUGUAUUAAAUUUAUCUAAGAAUUAAUUGAAGUACUUUAAACUAGUAAGAGGUAAAAUAUAAUAUUUAAUUUAGAAUAUUUCGAAAUACUUCUAUUCUUAUUAUAGUAGAUAACAUGGCCAAAAAGUAUAGAAUCAAAUGGAUUGAUUUUAAUUAUGUUAUGAAAUUAUCAGAUGAUUGUGAAAAUCCAUAAGCAUAAGUAGAUGAUAAUAUAAUAGGAGGACUUAAAUAUUUGACAUCUAUGUUAAGAUAGAUAGAUUCAAAAUGAUUC